UAAUCUUAAGUCCAAUCACUUCGCCGUUGAUCAGAAAACUCACUCUUUCUCUCUCCAUUUUGUUCAUGGCUAUCGCUAACGCUUUCUGCACUUCUCUCCGAUCGGCGAUCUCCGACGCCGAUUCCGGUGUGUACUCUCCUAGUCUUCCUCAAUUUACUGCCUCCAAGUUGCACUCCUCUGCCGUCUUUCACACAUUUUCCAAUUCUGGCGUCGCCGUUUCUCGCCGUAGAAGGUACACUGUUUUGUGCACUCUUGAUGGUGUUGAUAGUUUGUCACCAGCAUUAAAAGACGAACAGGAAUCUGUUUCUAUUCCUUUGCCAAUUGUUCAGAUAAUUCAGGAUCCUGAAUGCGAUGCAACCACUGUGGAAAUUAGCUUUGGUGAUCGGCUAGGUCUUCUCAUUGACACGAUGAAGGCACUCAAAGACUUGGGCUUGGAUGUUGUGAAAGGAGUUGUUACGACCCAGGAUUCAGUGAAAAAGACACAGUUUCUUAUUACACGAUUGGAUACCGGGCGCAAAGUUGAAGAUCCUGAUUUAUUGGAGAACAUUCGUUUGACCAUAAUCCAAAACCUUAUCAAGUAUCAUCCAGAGUCCAGCGAGCGGCUUGCUAUGGGUGAGGCUUUUGGAAUAAAAGCACCCAAAAAGAAGCCGGAUGUUGAUAUUGCGACUCAUAUACAUGUUAAGGAUGAUGGACCUAAGAGGAGUAUGCUGUAUGUUGAAACAGCUGAUCGAUCUGGUUUGCUGAUGGAAGUUGUCAAAAUAAUGGCUGAUAUUAACAUUCAUGUCGAAUCAGCAGAGAUUGAUACAGAAGGUCUAAUUGCAAAGGACAAGUUCUAUGUCAGUUACGGUGGAGCAGCAUUAACUCGUUCUAUGUCUCAGGUGCUUGUAAAUUGUCUGCGCUAUUACCUUAGGAGGCCUGAAACAGGUGAAGAAAGUUACUAGCCAGCGCGCAUCCUUGUAUGUACACUAUAUGUAUAACCUUGUCUCCCAAUCAAUGCAAGGGCUUGAGUCAUCUCAGUUGUCAUGUAACAUAUUAUGUCCGUUUUCUGAUUGAGUCGUAAUUUAUGUUAUGCAUUUGUGACUCUCCCUUCUCGUCAUGAAUAAACUAAACAAACUGACAGGACUACUAAUGUCAUGAAAAUGUGCACAAUUUCUUCCGAUUGUCCUUCUAUCGAAUGUAAAAAACACUAGCGGGAUCAAAAGACAUGACA